AUGGAGACGACGGCGGAAACGGCUAAGUACCUGAUCGGGUGGAGGGGGCCCAGUGGGUUCAGUUCCCGCACCACCGCCGAGGAAGUCACCGACCGAUAUCGCGCCCCCUCGACGACGACGGCCAUCGUCACCGGCGCCACUUCCGGAAUAGGGUUUGAAACCGCCAGAGUGCUGGCCAAGCGCGGCGCCCGCCUGGUCCUGCCCGCCCGCGACAUCCUCGCCGCCCGCCACGCUAAAUCUCGCAUCGCCGCCGAGUCUCCCGGCGCCCAAAUCGUCGCCAUGAAUCUCGACCUCGCCUCUUUCCGAUCCAUCCGCCAGUUCGUUGCUGACUUCAAUGCCCUCGCUCUACCCCUCAACCUCCUCAUCAACAAUGCUGGAAAAUACUCGAAGGAACACAUUCUUUCUGAGGAUGGUAUCGAGACAACUCUUGCCACCAAUUACUUCGGUCAUUUUUUGCUGACGAAGCUGUUACUCGAGAAAAUGGUAGAGACGGCAAGAGACUGUGGCGUCGAAGGAAGGAUUGUGAACCUAACUUCGAAUUUCCACAAGUGGUUUUCGGGUGAUCCCAUCUCCUACAUUGGAUUACUUACCAAGGACAAAAGUAAAUAUGAUGCAACGCGGGCAUAUGCCCUCUCCAAGUUGGCCACCAUUCUGCAUACCAAGGAACUUGCUCUCAAACUCGAGGAAAUGAAGGCGAAAGUGACAGUGAAUUGUGUUAAUCCUGGCAUUGCUAAAACAAGACUUACUAGAGACAAUGAAGGCCUCGCUACUGAUAUGGUUUUCUUUUUGGGUUCCAAACUAUUCAAGACUAUUCAUCAGGCAGCUGCAACAACUUGCUAUGUUGCGACAGAUCCGAGGCUUGGCGGCAUAAGUGGAAAAUAUUUCUCCGACUGUAAUGAAGCUUCGACAUCUGCUUUGGCAUCCGACUUAUCAGAAGCCGUGAGAUUAUGGGCCCUUUCCGAAAGUGUCAUCUCCGCAGACUCCUUUCGACUGGAGCCUCCACAACAUCUAGGGUUUUUGCCCCUGCAGUUUUUUUUUCGUAUGAAAAGGCUUGGCCUCCCGUUGAUUUGGUGUCAGCGGCUGCACUUCAGCUACCUGGUGAUGGAAGGUUGGCAGCUGCAUCUCUGUGGCCUGCCCUUUUUGCCCCUGUGUUUCGAUGAUCCCCUUCCAUUGGAGAUUAACCACGUUCAGACCCUUGUUGGCUCCAGCGCUCCACAAGCUAUUGCCAGCCUUCCACAGGUUGUUGGCUCCAGCCAUCCGCAGGCUGUUGGUUCCAGCCUUCCGCAAACUGAUGGUUUCAGCCCUCCGCAGGCUAUUGGUUCCAGCGCUCCGCAAGAUGUUGCCAGCCUUCCACAGGUUGUUGCUUCCAGCUUCCUGCAGGCUGUUGGUUCCAGCCUGAUCUUGUCUGCCCCGGCCCUAAGGUCUGAAGCAUUGGAUGUUCUACAACAAUUCCGUAGCUUUUUUCAGUCAGUACAAAUUAACGCCAUGUAA